AUGAAAACAAUCGUCCUAACUUUAAUAUUUUGUGGAGUUGUCUCUGCUAAUGAAGAAGUAAUCAAAUAUUUACAUGAUUUUGGGUAUCUUGAACCAGAUUCUACAAAUAUUCCAGAACUUUCAGAUAUAAGGAAUGCACUAAUACUACUUCAAGAAAAGUUUAAUUUGAAACCCACAGGUGAAAUAAGUGAUGAAACUUUUGAACUGAUAAGGAGACCUAGAUGUGGCGUUGAAGAUCAUGCACAAUCUUUUACUUCACAUAUUGAUAAAUGGAAUAAGAAAAAUAUUAAAUGGUAUUAUGCAGGUUCAUCAAAAAGAACGAAAGAAUUAACUGAAAUAGCUUUUAAUACUUGGAAAGAACAUACAGAUUUAACUUUUGAAGAAGACCAAUCGAACAGUGACAUUAUUAUUUCAAAUAAAAGACGAUUACACAGGAAAGAAACUAGUGGUCAACACUUUUGCUCAAAACCGUUUGAUGGCACAGGAGGUGUGUUAGGUCAUGCAUUUUAUCCAGAUAUUAAUAACAAUGCUGUAGAAAUUCAUAUGGAUCAAGAUGAAGAUUGGUAUUUUGAGAUUGAUACAAACACUCCAAAAGAAAAGAUAAACUUCUGUGCAGUUUUAGUUCAUGAAAUUGGUCACACAUUAGGACUUGCACAUUCAGCUGAAAAUACUUCAAUUAUGUAUCCAAUGUACAAUAGUUCAAAUAUUGAGUUAAGUAAAGAUGAUAUUCUUGGAAUACAGAGUUUGUAUGGAAAACAAGAUGAAGAUGAAUCUAAAGACGAUAAUAAUGAAGUGGAAGAAGAUUCAAAUCCUCCAGAACUGUGCAAACUGAAUAAGAAAAUAAAAAACUUUUUAAUUGUUGAUAAGGUUCUGUAUAUUUACUAUGAAAAAUGGGUUUGGGUAAUGGAUUUGGAUAAUUUAAAUGUGCACCCUAAACUACAACUCAUAAGUGAUUGGUUAACAUUUCUUCCAAAAGGCUUUAAAAAUAUUACUGCAGACUAUCAACGACCACCUGGAGAUGUUGUUUUAUUCAUUGAUAACAAACUGUAUGUAAUGGAAAUACCCUCUUUUAAGUUAAAAUAUGGUUAUCCACAAUCAUUAACAAACCUUUCAUUAAGAAAGAAUGUAGCGUUACAUUCUGCAAUAAAUUCCUAUUCUGGUAAGAGUUUCAUAUUUUUUGACGAUGUUUACUAUAUAGAAGUUGACUAA